GGGAGCAGAGGCAAAGGGAAGGGAGCUGGACUACAUUUGCAGGGAGCUGAGAUCUGAAGGUUGAUCAAAUACUUGAAAUUCCGCUUCCGUCUGAGUAGGGGCAGCUUCUGAUUAAAGUAGGGACACUUUAGGAGUUUUUUCUCGUUCUCUCUGUCCCUCAAUCAAUCCUAAAACAACGGGGUUUAGCAAUGGCUUCUUCGCCCCAGAAAUCUCCGUCCACCCCAAAAUCUCCUACCGGUACCCCUAAAUCGCCUCCUUCAAGAAAGAAAGAUGACUCCUUUCUCGGCAAACUUGGAGGGACUUUGGCAAGGAGGAAAAAAGCGAAAGAAGUCUCUGAACUUCAGGAGGAAGGGAUAAAUGCUAUCAACCUGCCUCUCAGCCCUAUUCCUUUUGAACUGGACCCAGAGGAUACCAUGCUAGAGGAGAAUGAAGUCAGAACAAUGGUUGACCCAAACUCCAGAAAUGACCCCAGACUUCAAGAACUAAUGAAGGUAUUAAUAGACUGGAUCAAUGACGUGCUGGUUGGAGAGAGAAUCAUUGUGAAGGACGUGUCAGAGGAUCUGUAUGAUGGACAAGUGCUCCAGAAGCUGUUUGAAAAGCUGGAGGGCGAGAAACUGAAUGUGGCUGAAGUGACCCAAUCAGAAAUCGCUCAGAAACAGAAGCUGCAGACGGUUUUAGAGAAGAUCAAUGACACUCUGAAAGUCUCCCCUAGGAACAUCAGAUGGAAUGUUGACUCUGUCCAUGCCAAGAGCUUGGUGGCCAUUCUGCACUUAUUGGUAGCCCUGUCCCAGCACUUCAGGGCACCCAUCAGGCUACCUGAUCACGUGUCUAUCCAGGUGGUGGUGGUUCAGAAGCGCGAGGGAAUUCUUCAGUCUCGCCAGGUUCAAGAGGAAAUCACUGGUAACACUGAGGCUUUAUCAGGAAGGCAUGAAAGGGAUGCCUUUGACACGUUGUUUGAUCACGCUCCGGACAAGCUGAAUGUCGUGAAAAAGACCCUGAUCACAUUUGUGAACAAGCAUUUAAAUAAACUCAAUCUGGAGGUUACUGAAUUAGACACUCAGUUUGCUGAUGGCGUCUACCUCGUCCUUAUCAUGGGACUACUGGAGGGCUAUUUUGUUCCUCUCUACAACUUUUUUCUCACCCCAGAACACUUUGAACAAAAGGUGCAUAACGUUUCCUUCUCCUUCGAACUGAUGCAGGAUGGAGGUUUGGAAAAACCCAAACCCAGGCCAGAAGAUAUCGUGAAUUGUGACCUGAAGUCAACUUUGAGAGUGCUCUACAACCUGUUCACCAAAUACAGGAAUGUGGAGUAAACAGGAAGUGACUCGGGGUGUGUUUCCAGAACAACGACUACUGUCAGACUCAAGUUGUUUAUUCUGCCUUCCUGUUUCAUUCAAUGCAAUAGAAAAACAUAGCCACAGUACAGAUACAGUAGGUAACUGCGGCUUAGUGGUAAUGUAAGCCUCAAGACACUGUAGUGCCUAUUUAAAAGGGACCACAGAAUGUAAACAAAGCAAUAAAAUGAGGCCCAUAGGAAGAAUACAACAGUACUAUAUAGUAUACCCCUAAAUCAUUCAUAUAUUUUACAUUCAAAACGUGGUAAUUGUUUGCAAGUUCCUAAAUUGAAGUAUUUUUAUGGUAAAAUCCACUGAUCUAGUGGAUUUUUGUGCUGAAGAUCUUUGUGUUCCUUGCUUGUUUAUACUUUAUACAGGAAGUACAGGUUUUUGUAGAUUGAAAAAGUUGAAGUUGUUUCUUCCUGGUGUCCUGGAGACUGGAGUGAAAUUGAGUGACAGUACAGCACAGUAAUUUCAGACCAUGAAGUAGCAACUUUGACUUCUUUAGCAUCUUUUUGGAAACGCCUCCAUAGUCUACAGGGAAAAAUAACAAAUAAGUAACGUAAACACAGAAACAGAGAAACAGGCAUAUGAUACUGUACGCUAGUCCUAGUGAGAGGAAAGGAAAUUAUUUUAAAGAUUUUGAAACCAGCAAUUAACGUUUGUUGUGCUAAAAUGAAAUGGCUUCUGAAGGUAGCUGUACCGUAUCACCAGUUACAACUAACUGAAAUCCCAGAAAGCAAGUAACUGCUGUACUAAACCAACACUGACAGUCUUUCACAUGUUGAGCACUCAUUUGGUUCACUGCUAAGUGCCUUUUAUCUGAAACUCAGUUUGUUUAGAAACCAUACAAUUAAUAACGACACCGGUAUAGUUCUUAAAAUAUAAAUUUGUAUUUAUUCUUAAAUAUUAAAAUUUAUUUAUGAAUGAUCAUUUGAAGAGAGUCCAGAGAAGAGGAUCAAUUCUUAUAACUGUUGAAAACAGUUUAUUUUUUUUUUUUUGGUAAGAACACUCUCAUGUCAUACUAAAUAUACUUUCCCACAUUUUUUGUAGACAAUGUAUUAACACUAAAUGUGUCUCUUUGUAUCCAGGUUAAAUGUCUAAUGGAUAACUUACUGUAUGAAAAUCAUGAUACUUGCAUUGGGCUUUGUUUUAUGUUUUUCUUUUUUCAGUUUUGCAGUUCAGUAUAAAUCGUGCCUAAGAAUACUUACUGUAUUGGACAAAGCCUUAGCUGUGUAGUCUUUUGAGUCGUGUGUGUAAAAAAAAAAAAAAAAAAAAAAAAACCUUGAGGUGCUACAGAUAUAGAAUCCUAUAUUAUAUUAUUGUACUCUCAUAAUAGCCCUCAAGGUCUUUUGAGAAAUCGUUUACUAGCGCUUUCUCCACAGCUUUCAUGUGAGUCUUGGCGCUUGGCUGAAAAGCAUUAGCAACGCUCUUGAGAUGCAGUUGGCUCAUUUAAAUUGUGUGUACGUUGUCUACGGUAACAAGCUCUGGUUAAAAUGUAUUUUUUAAACGGUAAGGUAUUUUAAAACUUUGGAAUACAGUACAGGGUGAAUAAGUAACCCCUGUGGAUGAAACAGGGAACAGUAUUUAAUAUAAUCAACUACUAGGGCAUCCAUGAAAUCAUGAUAGUCUUAAAUACACUGAGGUUUAUGUAACACAUUGUAUCUCUAUGCAGUCUUGGUUUGCCAUUUCAAUCCUUUUGCAACCUAAUAAGAAAAGUUAUUUGACUGCCAAUAUUUAUUGAUUUAAUACAGUGAAGUAUGAAGUUGUUUAACUGAAUGCUGUCCAAAUGAAAGUUUCACAGUAACCCUCCAAUCUGCAUGCUUCACAACCCUGUCAGUGUAAUGCAACAAGAACAAUAGCACUGUAUUUAUGGUUUUUCUUUGUUGCUUGUAUUCAGCGGCUGUAAAUGGGCCCAGUUAAGUGGGUUUUAACAAUACCUUUCAAUUACCCACUGUUCUGCUGUAUAUGUAUUAUCAUUGAGCCUUCGGGAUUAUAAGCUUUUACAUAGGCAGCCUUUUGACAGUGGAAAUUACAGAAAAGAACAGUUUUAUGUAAUUGAAGAACUGGGUUAAGAUACUCUUCAAUAGGAAAGAGCCACCAUUAGAUAACAAUUACUCCAUUUUCCACCAUAUGCUGUACCCCUGUCUUAUAUAUAUUGCCAUGAAAUUGGUACAGGGUGUUCAAAUGAGCCAUUACUGUCUUUACAUGUAGGUUCCUUGUGCCAGGAUGAAGGCUGAAUCUGUUGUUCAGAAUGAAAGAAUGGAGGUGUGUGUACCAGUGAGUGACCAUUUGCUGUAAUUGUAUGGUUUCAUUGAUAAAAUUUGGGCAUUUGUACCGUUGGCGGAUGACAAAACUACUAGAUAAUUGCAAUAUUAAUAGCAGGCAUCACUGUAAUUAAAUGCUGCGAGUUUAUAUUCCUUCUAUUAGAUUAGAAAGGCAUGUUAAGAUAAUUACCUUUUUUUUAAAAUACACAUGUUAUGUAAUUACCUCAGUUGUCAUAGUAUUUUUCUUAAUGAGUACUAGACUACUGUAAACCCUUUAAUAAGACUUAAUUAGCGAGUCUUAUCUUUUCAGAAAGAGCUUUUUUUUUUUUUUUUUUUUUUUGAAUUUUUCCUUUUUUGUUUUUUUUACAUUAGGCAUUUGCAUUCCUAUUUGCAUAGAAAUUUAACAGCUGUUUUUUUUUUUUUUUUUUACUUUUUUAAAUGGGUAAAUAAUAGUCUAGAUUACACUGGUCAGAAAGUGUCACCUGCUUGGGGUUUGUUUCACUGCUGAUCUGUAGCUGUGUGGCAACUGUGAUUUCUCUGUCAUGCCGAUAGUAUAAUUAUCUUAAUCUAAAUAAUCUAAGCCAUAUGCAUUUUAAUAAUACUGUUCUGCAGUGGUGGUUUCAUUUUUUUUUUUUAAAUCUGAUAUUCCUUUUGAGAUUAUUUUGAAAACCAUACCAUGAUCUUUCCAAAAAAAAAAAAAAAACCCUACAUUCACUGGGAUUGCAGGAGUUUGAAUAAACAAAUGCCAUCAGUGGUCUAUUGACAGCAGCUUUUCACAGGGUGAAAAAGUCAUAGCUAACUGGCUUGUUUCUGAAUAAUAAUCUAUGACCUUAAAAAAAGCACACACCUAAAGAUCUUGCCUUUGGGGACUAUUAUAACCAUUAUCCUCACUGUUGAACGUAAUGGAGGAAUCCCACUGUCAAUAUAUUUUAUUAUGUGUUUCUUGUGGAUUGAUGAUGCACACAGAAUAAUGAACACAUAUGUUUCAGAGUGUCAUUUUAUGCUGUACUAUACUGGGGAACCUCCCACUGACCGAUGAGAUUAAAUUUAAAGUAAUUAAUUAAAAAGUAAUUAAAGUACCCUUGGCCAGUUUCAUUCAGGAUUAGGGUGCAUGUCCUUUCCCUCAUUAUUGUUCCUAUUGGUUUAUUGAUUAUUGAUUCAGAGUGAUUAUAUUUGGACUCAAGUCAUUCUAGGUGUGAAAUGUUGGUCCACCAGGUGGCGCUAUGCAAAACAAUCAAUCAGUCUUCAUUUUAUAUAGCGCCUUUCAUAGUGGACCGCCAUCACAGAACGCUUUCCAAGAUGCAGUAAAAAAACAACAAAAAACAAUGCAUAAUACAUUAACAACAACAUUCAAGGGGAAGUGAUUGGAAAUAGCAUGAGGAGAAAGGAAAAAAAAAAACAUGUUAGUUUUGUAACUCAUUGGUGACGAAAGAAGGCGGCAAAAAAUCUACUUUUUUUUAUGAUUUAGAGGAUUUUAUCUGUUGUAUCGUCUUACUUGAUAAAGUAUUGUCACAUUGCUGUGGAUCUUGUGCCCAAUGAGAUAAAACAGAAGUAUCUGCAUUUUUGUAUUGUUAUUUCACAUAAACCUGAGACGUACUAUUUACAUUUAUAAAAGGGAAAUUAAAGUAUAAACAUGUGGGGGCCUAUAAAGGGGAUUCAGUGUUUAUGAAGGGAGUAGCAGAUAAUGAAAGGAGAUGUGUGGUAGCCCUAGGUGACUCACAGUCUAGUCAUAUGAAAGAUAUUAACCCGUUUUUUGGUAGCCUGCCAAGCAAAGCUGAUUUUAUGGAAAAAGCUUUUAAAAAAAAAAAAAAAAAAUUAUUUAGUUUAUUUACUGUACUAAAUACUAUUCUAAAGUUGCUCAUAGUUUUGUAGAGUAACACGAAUACAAGAGUUUAAGAUGUUUUUUUCUUUCUCCACUUUAUAUAGUUCGAUGAAAUGUUUACAGAUUUCCAUGUAAAGUAAAAUUGUACACUAAAGUGGGCUGCAUAUGUGGUCCCUCCAGAUUACAUGAUCAAGCCCUUUAAAAUAGGGUUAUGCUUGCUGGAGUUAUUUACAGUAUAUAUUUUUUUUAUACACAAUACUAUUAAAUAAAAUAUAUUUAUUAAAAGUGUCUGGUUGUUAAAAUACUACACAGGUCAUGUAUCUACCACUUGCUUCUAAUAUUGUACCAGCUACAGUGUAGCUUUUCUUCUGGUUCAAUAUAUACUGUAGAUUAUUAACAAACUGAUGCCAGUGUGGGGAGGUUAGACCAUCACACUGAGAGGAUCUCAAGCUCAUAUAAGUACCUGAGAAAUGUGAGCCUGUGUGUUUUAACAAGAAUGAUUGAAGGUCACGGCAUCUUUUUCUUAAGUAACUCGAGCAAAAAGCGGGGCUUUAAGGACGAAUCGCAUUUUCAAUAAUAAAAGGGUUAGAGUAAAGAACCCUUUAUUACUCUAUGGAUUUAAUGUCAUUUGUGACCAAUUUACAAGACACAACCUAAUCUAGCUUAGGAGUUGAUGCUGGGCUCCAGACACAGAUGAAGGGGAAUUUAAUAGAAUGAAAUCCAAAAAGAGGAGCACCUCAACCACCCCCCUUCUAGGAACAGUUGGGCUUUUGAGAAUCAGUCAGUAAAUGUGUUUAGAAAACUGCUAAAGGCCAGAGUGAAUUUAUAGCCUGUGCAGGACUAAUGCAUUGCUGUUCAGUGAACAGGGUGCAUAUUACAGGAAAUAAAGAGUGCUUGAGAAAAAACUGAAAAUCCAACGUAUUAACUUGCUGGUCCGCCUUGCAUUUCACCUGGAAAGAUAGUAAUUUGUGUUUCUAGUGUAAAAAGGCAUGGCUAAGGCUGCCCAGGGGCCCUAUACUGUCACAUGGAGUGAGUCAUGUGAGCAUGGUUUGAUUCCUGCUCACGCCAAGUUGCCAGUCUUGUAUUGGGGGAGAAACCGUGGCGAUAGUUUCUUUCACCACCCUCCAGGCUCCCAACAUGCCCAGGCCGAGACCUCUGAGGCUGGGCCUUUGCCUUCAGGGUUCUGAUUGGUUAG